AUGUCACAAACACGAUGCACUCUUUCUGAAACCACCCUUCGACGUGCUAUCAAAAAUGAUGGUCCCCUCACUCGUCUGGGCCGUGCCAAAAUCCUAACUAACUAUGAGGAAGAACAGCUUGUAGGUUACUGCUUGAACAUGCAGAAGCUUGGCUUUGGGUUAACAAAAUCUGGUGUGAACCAGUGCGUUAUGGAUAUCAUUCAUCAAGACAGAAGGCCCUAUCCUUUUGAUGAAAAUGGACCAGGGCAAAAAUGGUGGCAGCGCUUUAUGAAAGAUCAUCUGGAACUUUCAUUUCAUGUUCCACAAGCCCUAAAUGAAGCCCAUGCACAAAGGGCAAACCCUAAUAUCAUUAAAGAUCACUUUGAGAAACUUCAGAAAAUCAUCCAAGAAUACUCACUUUCUGCUGACCGAAUUUGGAAUAUAGCUCCAAAAAGUUAUAGCAAAGAAAGGAGCACAUCAGGUUCAUCAGGUCUUCUGAAUGGUGCACCUGUUGGCUCUGUCAUGGGGUUCACUGAAACAGGAUACAUGCGAGAGAGCCUGUUUCAAAAAUACAUUGAACAUUUUGUUAGUUCAAUUCCACCUGUGUGCCCUGUUUUGUUAAUUCUGGACGGUCAUAAAAGUCACAUCAACUAUCCUAGUGUCAACUAUUGCUAUGAGUACAACAUACUUCUCUAUGCGCUACCCCCUCAUACUACUCACAUUUUACAGCCAUCUGAAUUACCAUUUGCUAUACUAAAAAAAAUAUAUGAUAAUGAAUGUGAAAAGUUUGGAGUUAAUUAUGGGGGUAAGCUUGUGACAAAGCAUAUGUUUGCUAAGGCAUUAGGGCCAGCCUAUAUUACAACCUAUACACCUACUGCCAUAUGUAAUGCCUUCAAGUCUACUGAAAUUUGGCCAUUCAAUCCCAAUGCCAUUAGUCCAGAUUCUUUGUCGUCACAAUCUUCACAAUCUUCAGAGUUGAACUCAGGUUAUACAUGCCCCACCGAACCAGACCCUACAAAAGAACAACUAGCAUUAGAAGUCGAGUUGCUAAAAAAAAAGGUUAAAAUAUUAGAAGAAGAACUUGAAACCUUUAAAAGACCUGGUACAAGUUCUUUGAAGUUAGUGCUUAAAUAUCCCUUGCGACAUAAUUUGAAACCGGCCAAAGAUCUGGAAGUUGACGAAGAACAAUCUGAACCAAGGUUGCCAGAAAGGAAAAAAAGGAAGACUAUGCCCUUCUCUCAACUUCUUACAAAUGAAAAGUCCUUACAACAAUUGAAGGAGGCGGAGGAAGAAGCCGAAAAAGUAGCCAACGAAAAGCAACGUAAAAAAGAGAUGGCUGCCCAAAAACGAAUC